AAUGAAUUAAAAUUAAAACUUUACAAGCAAUUUGAAUCUCUUUCCAGAAAUAGGUACACAUGGUUCUAGAGGAAAGGUAAUUAUGAUAUAAAACAAUAGUAAUAUGGUGGUAACAAUAUUACAAUGAGAGGAACUGAAAUAUUUGAAGGUUUGACAACUGGAAGACCUUCUAAAAAUAUUAUAUAAGCUCAUUUCAAAGCUUUAAGAUUUUAUAGAAAAGUGUGUCGUCUGAUUCCAUUUUUAUUAAGAAUACAUGAUAUGGAAGUCACUUGCAAUUCUUAAUAAGCAAUGCUUAAUGUUGCAAAUGUUAUGAGAAAAAGAGCAUACCUUAGAGAUCCUGAUGCUGUUGAUAGAUGGGUAUUAUUCAUAUAUAAGAAACAUAGGUUUAUCGAGGAUAUGAAUUAUUGUAUUAAGCAGAAUGGCAUAUGUUAAAUAGAGAUCAUUUAUUCCAAUACUUUGCUAAUCAAAAUAGAUCUGAUGCUGGAUAUUCUUACUUAGAAAAUUAAAAGCUUAAAGGAAAGAGUGAAUUCUUAAAAGAUUUCUAUAUUGGAAAUAAAACAUAUGAAUAUUGAAAACAUAUUCAGCUAAAAAAGAACAGCAUAAUUAUACAAAAC